GACGUGGUGAAAGAGGAGGACGUGGUGAAGGAGGAGGACGUGGUGGAGAAAGAGGACGUGGUGAAAGAGGAGGACGUGGUGGAAGAGGAGGAGGAGGUGGUGAAGGAGGUGGAGGUGGAGAACGACGGCGACAAGGAAGGGGAAGAGCAAGGGCACGAAGACAGUCAGUCUCGGAUGAAAUUCGAGCCACUUUAGUUGACCAUGUCCUUGUCCAUGGGAUGACUAUGAGGGAGGCUGGGCAACGAGUACAACCAAAUUUGAGUCGCUUCACUGUUGCCUCCAUCAUCAGAACCUUCAGGGAGGAAAACAGGACACAGAGACGACCACCUGGUGGAGGCAGGUUAAGGCUUUUGUCGGAGGAGCAAGAGAGGGAACUUGUAAACAUGGUAAUUGCAAAUAAUGUAAUCCGCCUGCAAGAGAUUCAAAGGAGAGUGAUUGAGGAUGAUCAUCUUUUUCGAGGCAUAAAUGCCAUCAGCCUCUCCACAAUUGACCGCAUCCUCCGAAAGAAUCAAUUCCGGAUGAAACAGGCAUACCGAGUCCCUUUCGAACGAAACUCUGACAGAGUGAAAAACCAACGUGUGGAAUAUGUUCAGAGAAUCUUUGAGAUUGAAGGACGGCCUGUUCCCCAUGAAAUGAUCUUUGUGGAUGAGGCAGGUUUUAACCUGACCAAAAGAAGGAAAAGGGGGAGGAACAUAAUUGGCCAUCGGGCUAUUGUAAAUGUCCCUGGUCAGCGUGGGGGGAAUGUCACUAUGUGCGCAGCCAUCAGCCAACGAGGGGUACUCCACCGCCAUGCCGUACUAGGACCCUAUAACACUAUGCUUCUCCUUGCUUUUCUUGAUGGUUUAAGACAACAUAUGUUCCAGCUGGACUACAGGGAACCAGCACAGCCAGAGCAGCCUCACUACGUUGUUGUGUGGGAUAACGUCAGCUUCCAUCGCGCUGCUCUGGUUCGUGACUGGUUUACCAAUAACCCAAGGUUUUCUAAUAUCUUUCUGCCUGCAUACUCCCCCUUUCUAAACCCGAUAGAGGAGUUAUUUUCGGCAUGGCGGUGGAAAGUGUAUGACCGAGAACCUUAUGUCCGUGUUCACCUCCUUCAGGCCAUGGAAGAGGCCUGCCUAGACAUAUCAGUAGAUGCAUGCCAGGGGUGGAUCAGGCAUGCAAGAGGAUUUUACCCCCGCUGCCUGGCUGGGGCCAAUAUAGCCUGUGAUGUGGAUGAGAUUCUCUGGCCUGACCCAGACCAAAGACAAGAUGCUGUGGUGGGAUAAUGUUUCUGGUGUGUGUUGUACUGUAUAGUACAUGAAUGACAAUGUGCCACUGUACAUACAUUGGUUGCGUCUUUUGUGUUUAUCAUGUGACAAGGGUUUUGAAGGGGAGAACCAUAAGCAACCUAAUUGUUUUGGAACUAUUGUUUUGAAUUAAUUGUACCAGUGUGCAAAACUCUGUGGUUUUUUACCAGUGUGUGUGUUUUUGAGGGCUUGUGUUUGAUGUCUGAGGGCAAAGUUCGGUUUUUCAGCAGGAGUGAAUAGUUUUGGGUGUAGAGCUUCAUUUUGACCUGGAAAUAGGAUGUUUGGGGAAUUGAGUGAGAUGUUAUGGAUUUGUGUUUACUGUUGUGCGGA